UUGGGCGUGACAUUGAGUGAGGAAGAAGCGGUGUUAUCCAAAUACGAUUCACGGAGCAUGACUUGCGAACAAUUUCAUUCUCAUGCUCGUUAACAGACGGGAUCUGACGUGUGAGAUGGCAUGACGACGGGGAGGUCAACAUCACUGAUAGGGUGACCAAUCUGUGGAUGUUCUUCAAAUACUCAGCGACUCUGCUAAAAAGGCCAAUCAUGGGCAUCCAGUCGCCAACAGACAUCUGCUAUGGAUCGAUGGCUUUCUUCAUGGCAAUACUCCAUAAUAUCUUCCUCCUCUACCAUGUUGACAUGUUCGUCUCCGUCUACAAGAUCGACAAAUACUCUUUCUGGGUGGGCGAGGGUGUUUUCCUCGUGUGGAACUCUCUAAAUGACCCCCUAUUUGGAUGGCUUAGUGAUCGCAAGUAUUUGAAUAAUUCAGGGAAAACGUCACAGUAUGAAAUCGUCAUGAGAAGAUUCAAUGCUUUACAAAUCAACGGUCCACUUUUUGCGAUAUCGUUUAUAGCCUUUUGGAUCCCCUGGGCCUACCCCUGGCUCCAGUUUGUGGUGUGCUUGUGCCUGUAUGAUGGUUUUCUGACCAUGUUGGACCUUCAUCAUUCCGCCCUGCUAGCUGAUUUGUCCGUCUCGGCAGACAUUCGGACCAGUUUAAACUUUAAAUGCUCAGUUUUUUCUGCAAUGGGAUCAGCAUCUGUGUUUAUGUCCUACGCCUUUUGGAAUAAGGAUGAUUUAUCAUCUUUUCGAAGUUUUUGUUGUGUACUGGCUGUUGUGUCAUUUGUAGGGUUUUUGUUGAGCUCCAGUCUAUUGAAAAAAUAUUACAUAAAAAAGCACAAGGAAGGUGAAGAGUAUAUAUCAAAGGAAAGCAAAGACCUUGAUCUUCCGCAAGGUGCGCCCACGAAGUCCUUCAUAUCCCAGCUACUCUCACAGAAAAACUUUUUAUGGUUUGCUGCAAUGAAUUUGAUACAGGUUUUUCACUGUCACUUCAACAGCAACUUUUUCCCCCUGUUCCUGGAGAACCUGCUGGGAGAUGCCAUCAGUCCAAGCACAGGCUCGUUCCUCAUAGGUAUCUCAUUUGUAGCUCCACAUAUCAACAACCUGUACUUCCUACAACUGUGUCGGAGGUUUGGCGUAUACUCUGUCAUCUACUUCCUGUUUGUCGUGAAGCUGACUCUGAGUGUCAUCAUGUUCCUGGUGGGGUCGGCACAGAUAUGGCUGUUAUGUGUAUCUGUUUGUAGUAACCGGGUGUUCACCGAGGGCACCUGUCGGCUGCUGAACCUGGUGAUUAGUGACCUGGUGGAUGAAGACUAUGUCAUCCAUGAUCGACGCCAGCCAGUUUCAGCACUCAUGUUCGGUACAGCUGCACUGGUGUCGAAGCCAGGACAGACGUUGGCCCCACUUAUAGGAACACUGAUACUCAGUAUGCAGACAGGUCAUGACAUAUUCCAGUCAGGCAAACAGGGAGGUUCCAUCAAACUGAGCUACAACGACAUGGACACCGGUACCAGGGCUGUUCAUCGUGAGGGCUGCUUUCAUCUCCUUGUCUACGUCCCCAUCAUCUGUGCAGCACUGCAGCUGCUGGUGUGGACACAGUUCUCUCUUCACGGACGUCGUCUUGCGCAGAUCAAGUCUGCCAGAGAAGGAGCUCUCAGUGGCUCUCAUGUGUAGACGGAAGGUUCAGUGGAUAGAGGUGUUUGUUGUGGAGGGAGGGUUCAUUGACUGGAGGGAGUGUUCAUUGUGGAGGGAGUGUUCGUUGUGGAGGGAGGGAGGGUUAAUUGACUGGAGGGAGUGUUCAUCGUGGAGGGAGUGUUCAGUGUGUGGAGGGAGGGUUCGGUUUGUAUAUUCAUCCCAUACAGAUCGAAAUUUUCAAAGCUUCAACAAACCAAUCAAAAUGUUUGUACAACUACGCUUAACUCAAAGAUCCUUCUUUGUAAUGUGUAUAUUUAGGUUAUUUUUAUCUGAAAAUCAUACCAUGUGAAAGGCAUUAGUUCUGAAUCCAACCAUCUCCAUGAAAAGUCCCAGAAAUCUUAAAUAUCCCCCCGAGCCAUUACAGACAUAUCCACUUUUAUGUCUGCAGCCACCGAAUUGACUGUAUUUUAUGUUGUGCCAUUUUAUGCUUGGAUGGAAGUCAGUGAAAUGAUAGAGACAGGAACUGCCCUUCCAGUGUUCUCGAAGGGAGUACAGCUGUGAUUUUACAUAGUAUAAUUAUCUUGCCAAUGCUUGUGAUCAGAUAAGUCAAUGGAAUGACCGAGAGGAGCAGGUGUGUCCCCUCCAUUGUUUGCAAAGGGAGAUAAUGUUAUUUGCCAAUGUAGCUGUACAUAUUAAAUCAAUGAGAUGUACAGAUAUCACUAUUCACCAACACAUGGUUGAAGACAAUGUGGUGCAUGAUAUGCAAUUACCUGUAUGAAUUCCUAUUUUAAUCUUUAUCAAUUCAUAUUUUAAUGUGUGUAUUGUUUCACUCAUGGACCCAUUCAUUCAUUUUUAGUUUAUUUGAAUAUCUGAAAUCGGGGCAGAUCCGAGACGAGGGAGGAGUGGAACUUCAAGUUUUAUUGAAGGGAGUGAAUGUUCUUUGACUGCUUUUGUGCACAUAAGACUAUGUAAGUGAAUGUAAAACAGUGAAACCUGUUUUAAGUAUGCAUGGAAAUGGUUGGUCCCUCUCAGGAUCAUUCUGUUGAGAAGUUAAACAAGCAAUAGCCCCAAACUCAAGCAAUAGAUGAUUGUUUCUAUUUUGAACUCUUGUGUGACAUGUGUUCAUAUAGGGACAGGUUCAUAGCUAUUAUGCUGUGCAAUAUUUAGAGACAACCUACAUGUAUAAAGAAAUAUCUUAUGAUAUCUUCCUCAUGACUAGAUAUAAGUUCUAAGUGGUGACUUUGAGUCAGUUCACUUGUGAAUCUGUUUUAGCAGCCUUCACUCCAGUAGACACACUUCAUUCAUGAAGCUUGGUACUGACAUAUCGUGAAAUAUUUAUUGACGCAGAAGGUCUCUCUUUGUACCUGUUAUUUGUUUGUAUUCCUGAUGAACAAGGAGAGAUAUUUGUUACCCAAAAGUGGGGCGGUGGGGGAUCCCAGUUGUUAAAGCGUUGGCUCAUCAAGACCCGGGUUCGAUUCCCCACAUAGGUACAAAGUGUGAAGCCCAUUUCUGGUGUCCCCUGCCGUGAUAUUGCUAGAAUAUUGCUAAAAGCGACGUAGAACUAUACUCACUCAGUCACUCAUGUUAUGCACAAGUACUACUUGUGGACAGUUGGUGUACAUUAUCUUGCCAGAUGCCCUGUAGAAGCCUUGAGGAAACUAAUCAGAUAUUUUGGUGCUAGAUGAACCCUCUGAGAUCUGAUAUCCCCUCAUUAAGAGGUUGCAUCGGGUAAACUUAUCAACUAGUCUGUGUAGGGGCUGCGUAAUUCUCAGUACACGUGAGGAAAGUUUUCAGACUAGCAUAUCAGAAUUCUGCAUCUCAAAAAUGAAAGAAAAAGGCAGUUCAAAAUGUAAAUCAUAAGGGGCACACCAUAUUGUUACUGUGGCUAAGCACCCUGUUUCUGAGCACAGUGGCAUCUACAGAGAAACUGGGGUACUAUGGAAGAAGUCAAUGUUUGAGUUGAUGUAAAGAAAUGAGGAUAAAUUAUUUCAAGAAACUGCCAUUUAAUUGUCAUAAAACCCCACACUUUUUCAUUCACAUUGGUUUAAGAACCCACACAUUUUCAUUUGGCUGGGCUCAAGGGCUCAUUUAUAUUUGGUGGUCAUAGUUUGCUCAGUGUUCACCUGACACAAGGUCUUAUGUAGGGUUCUGAUGGGCUAUUCUAGUGGUUAAAGUGUUCGAUUUCCCACAUGGGUUCAAUGUGUGAAGCUCAUUUCUGGGGUCCCCCGCCGUGAUAUUGCUGAAUAUUGCUAAAAACGGCAUAAAACUAAACUCACCCACUCCUAUGUAGGAGGUGAGAUCUUGAUGCAGAGAGAUAUGAUAUCCGAGUAAACUAUCUGAUUUGGUGGAGAUUGGGGGAAAGCUAUAUGAAAACUAUUUUCACGGUGACGGUGUUGAAAUGUUACUGAGACACAAUGGCCCAGUGUAAAUUGACAUUAUGCCCCUGGAUGACAUGAGUUUAUUUUUAUGACCAUUUUCAUACAGACAAACAUAUUUCAUUUCUGUCUCCUUGAUGUUUCAUAGUGUGACAAUGAAAAGCCUUACCUUUAGUGCCAUUGAUGUUGUGUGAACAUGUGUAUGUGUGCAGUGCAAGGGAGAUAACUCUUAAUGCACAUCUCGUACUGUUCCCUUAGAGGCCAUGGAUGAUUGUAAGUACUGUCUGUAUAACGGUUAUAAUAGUCAGAAUGUUCUUGUUUGAAACACUAUAAAAAUCCACUUC